AUGCCGCGCGCGAAAGGCGAUAGCGAGGGGAAGAAACAGCCUGCAUUGGCUCGGCCCAGCUCUAGUGUGAUUCUGGUCUCGCCCAAGAACGAGAUCCUGCUUCUUCAUCGGGUUAAGACAUCGACUUCGUUCGCGUCUGCCCAUGUCUUCCCUGGUGGAAACCUGUCUAGCCAAGAUGGUCCAUGCCCGCCUGUAGAAGACCUCUCUAGGCAUGAAGAUGGCCCUCAUUACCGACGGGCAGCAAUUCGAGAGCUGUUUGAGGAGAGUGGAAUUCUCCUUGCCAAAGAUGGGAGCUCGGGCAAGAUGCUUGUUGUUGAUGAAGCAACACGUGAGCAAGGUCGAAAACUCAUUCAUCAGAAUAAAGUCACAUUCGACGAGUGGCUGAAGCAGCAACAUCCCAAUGCUGAGCCUGAUACAGACCAAUUGAUCCCCUUCAGCCGCUGGGUUACUCCAACUACGAACCCCAGGCGCUAUACAACUCAAAUGUAUAUCUACUUUAUGCCACUUCCCGUGAAUGCGGAUAAGAAAUUACUGGACGAGCUGCCAAAGGAAGGCGAGCGUGAAGAAAUCCAAGUCCCCUCCAGCGAUGGUGGAAUUGAGGUCACAGAAGCACAGUUCCUCCCAGCGGCGGAGUGGCUGCGUCGCGCACAAAGUGCAGAGAUCAUCCUCUUCCCACCUCAAUUCCUCCUACUGCACUUGGUGUCUGGCUUCCUUGACAAGGACCCUCGAUCGGGUAUUUCUGUGGAGGAAAUGGAAAAACGCCGAGCAGGCCUGGUCGAGUUCGUGCACUCGGGCUCACCCGCUUGGACACACAAGUGCAUUUCACCCAAGAUGAUGAAAGUCAUGGAGGAUGGACGUGCAGUUCUAGCGCUACAUGAUCCGGGUCUUGAGUUGAAGGGGUCUAACCGACGAGGCGAGUCGGAGUAUGUCGUUCUUGUGCGGUUUACCAAGGGAACUGCGAGGGAGGUGACCGUGGCCUGGAGGAAGGAUAUCUUCAAAGAAGAGCGGAGUAAUCUUUAG